CAUAGUGGGGGUAUCCACGAGUGUUUCUCGGCCAACAUCCGCACCGCGAGGUAGAAUAGCUAAUUGCAGUUGUACCUGCGUCACCUGUAUGCUGCCGCGAAUUCGUUUCCGCGUCGAAAACGUGCUCGCUUUCCAAGCCGCCGUCGCUUCAUCGACGUGAUUUUCCUAUUUCAAGAAUAAUUUCGCGUUACUUCUUCAAGUUUGAAAGAUGCGACGGGGAUCCGUCAGUAGUUGGCAGUCCUAUGGACAGCGAAAUUCUGAUUGUAUGAUGGAAACAUAUUCCGGUAAUACCGCGUUGGCUUCACCUACCGAGGAAAUUAUCCACCAACGGAAGGGCGGUUGGUUUUUAACGUACAAGAAGCUUAUCUCCUUUGUUGUCCUAAUUGUAAUUGUUAUUAUCGUCGCGGGUUUGAUCGGAUGGAAUAUCGGCACCAUGCCUAAAACGAGAACAUACGAUCCAUUAGCCCUUCUCGAGAAUGAGACGGAGGAAGAAGGCGACGUCAUUGUCGUCUCGAUAUCGCCUUUUGUUCAUCCCUUGAGAUAUGACCUCGAACUGACGCCACCGAGCGACGUCAACGCGACGUCGAAUCUGAAAGGACGAGUCAUUAUCAAAUUCCGCGUCGAUGGUACACCAUCCUUAAGCAAAUUGUCUCUCAAUGCAAGGAACAUCACGGCAACGCGUUAUAAGCUGUCGCUCAUAGAAGAGAACAAUACGCGAGCGAAAAGAAGACGUAGAAGACGCGCCCAGGAUGACAAUAAAGGCAAUGAAACCAUGGAAUUGAAACCGAUGAACGCUGUCAAUGUUACCACGAUGACUCCUCUCGUCAAUGUGACAGCUGUUCGAUUGGAAAAUCAGGAAACAACGCGCGGCGAUGUUACUGACUAUCCUUCAAGAAACGUGACCUCCUCCAACGAUGACUCUUCUUUCAAGAAUAAGAGCACAUCCGUGACCGAUGAACAAUCUAGCGAAUCCGCAAACAUAACAACGUUUGAAUCGACGACAUCUCGAUCAGCGACGUCAUCUACGUCCACGGUAACUUCUAGUAAAGGAAGCGUAACCGAGGUGGUGAUCCAGCGAUAUGAGGAGGAUGCUAAUAACGGAUUACAUAUAAUACAUCCGGCCGUUGCCAUAAAUCCGGGAACGUACAGCUUGGAGAUCGAUUAUGAGAUUAUUAUGCUUGACGAUAAGGCGAUUUACUCGGCAAGCUUCGGCGAAUCCGGUGAAGAAAGAUCGUUAAUCGGGACGCGAUUGAAACCUUUGGGAGCAUCGCGUCUUUUGCCGGUUUUCGAUGACGUGAAUCUCAAGGCUGUUUUCUCACUGUCCGUGGCACGUCCGCACAAAGCGAGGGUCCUUUCGAACACGCCUCUCAAUAUCUCAAGAAACACAUCGGACAAUCAGAUGAUUGACACUUUCAACGAUACCCCUUUGCUGUCACCUUACAAUCUGGCCUUCGCAAUGGGCGAGUUUGAAUCGUUGAGCGAAACAAAAGCGGGGCCUGAUAAUAAAACGACGGUGACUUUCUGGGGCGACCCAAAGAGACGAUUACGAGGGAUAUACCUUUACGACAAACUUGACCAAGUCGUUACAUAUUUUAAUGAUAUGUUCUCGAUGCCUUAUCCGCUACCGAAAUUAGAUAUCAUUGCGUUACCACCGCGGAUCAUUGAUAACACUGGAAGUUUGGGUUUAAUAUCGAUGAAGCAAUCGCUCUUCUACGCCGCGGAUCGAUCUCCCAUGGUCACGAAGACAGACGCGUUAAGCGCUCUGAUAAGCUUGAUAGGAGAACAAUGGCUGGGCGGUGUCGUGAACGUGAAGAACUGGUCGGACAUUUGGCUUCUAGAAGGCUCCACGAUCCAUUUGCGACAUGCGAUGAUUGAGAAGAUAGACUUGUCACUGGACUCCAAUCAUGCCUUCCUUGCCGACAUUCAAUGGGAUGCCAUGGAAGAAGAUAGUUAUAGCGUUUCAAGAUCAUUGCAAUCGAACGUCAAUCCCGCUCAUCUGGACUUCUCGGACGACAAUGCUCGACAUAAGAAAGGUGCAUGCUUGAUUCGCAUGUUGCAUGGUGUGAUAAACGAUACCGCCUUUAGGAACGGCUACCGGAAAUUCGUAGCGAGGUGGAACUAUUCGACAGCAAAUGUGGAUGAUUUUUGGGAAGCCAUGGCGGAAGAAACUAUCGGUUUACCUGCAGAAAUUACUUUGUCCAAAAUGAUGAAUUCUUGGAUAUUGAAUCAUGGAUAUCCGAUCGUUAGCGUAACGAGAGAUUACGAAAAGGGCACAGCUGUUGUUAAACAGCAAAGAUUUACGUACGAUCAAUCGUCAUUCGACACUCAACCGACGUGGUACAUAGCGCUUGACUAUAUUAACAAAACGAGGAAUGAUUGGUCAUCUCCGAUAAAGACGUGGUUACAUUCCGAAGCGGAAACGGUGAUGCAUGAUGUUGGUGCUCAAAAUUCUUGGGUUGUGUUCAAUGUGAAUAAAACAGGUUAUUACCGUGUACAUUAUGAUGAGGAAAAUUGGAAACUCCUGGCGCAAGCCCUCGAGGAGGAUCACGAGGUCCUUCCGCCAGAAACCAGAGCAUCGCUCGUCGACGAUGUGCUCGGGCUCGCUGCGGUCGGCUUGACGAAAUACGCGACUGCUUUUAGCUUUAUUAAAUAUAUGCAAAUGAAGGAACGACAUUACGCUCCUUGGAGUGUUCUGAUGCGUCAUCUGUUGAAAUUGAACGGUCUUCUUUAUGAAACGUCAGGCUUCAGCGACUUUCAGGAAUUUACAUUAAGAUUCACAUCGAAAUUAUAUUCAGACGUGGGAUGGAAGACUGAUGAGGGAUCGGGGCUAACUUUGAUCGCCUUAAAAAUAGCGUGCAUGUUCGAGAACGCCGAGUGUCUCGGAUGGUCCAAAAUUCAUUUUGAAAAACUAAAGGAUCAUUCCGACGCGGACGAAGUGGUACCGGCAUACGCACGCGAAGUGUUGUAUUGUACGAUCGCGAGAUAUGGCACGCGAAACGAGUGGAAUUAUUUUGUUGAAAGGGCAAACUCUACAGCAGAUCGAGAAGAGAAGAAUCGCCUUUUAUCAGCGCUUGCGUGCUUCCAGACGCCAUGGAUCCUAUCGCUUCUUAGCGAGCUUCUUGAAGGGAAGAUCUACAACGAGGACGAGACGCAAAGGAUCUUGAGAAGUUUCCCGCAAAAUCCAGUUGCCGCGCAACUCGCCUACAAGUUUGUGCGAAAUAAUUGGCAGACUAUCGUCACAAGAUUCUCAAAAUCUCGCCCGAUCUUGAAAGCUUUCGCGUUAGCGAUGAUGAACGGCUUGACCAGCAAAGAAGAUCUGGAUGACUUUCAGACUUUCAGCGAGGAUAAUCUCGAAAGUAUAAAGACCGUAGGAUACACUAUGGCGAUGGUCGAAGCGCACGCUAAUUUCGCGAUAAAGUGGUUGAAGGAAUCCUUGUCGGAAGUGCAGGAGUGGUUAACGGCGAACAAUGCCACUGAGAUACCGACAUGAAUAUUCUAGGUAUAUCCUUCCAAGGGUUGCAACAGAAUGAAGGAGACUCUGUGUACGAUUGUCGAUUCACACUUUCGUACACGUGUGUUCGCGAAAAAAGAACCGCGGGAAUUUUUCUACGACAACAAGUUUUAUUUUUCCGUAUGCUUUUGUCAAGCAUGAUUACAAAACCAAGCAACAAGAAUCUCGUCCUUAUAUCGUUUAGCCUUAGAAUGACGGUCGUUAGUAUAAUUAGUGUUUAGGUACAUAUUUAACAAACGAUAUAGAUAUAUAUAUAUAUAUAAUAAUCGUAUCUCUAACGAUGUGGUAAUUAUUAUUCCAAUGUUUAUCGUAAACUCUUCACUCGCGCGCGUUCUCGCUCAUUAAUGGCGCACUAUUGCUACACGGUACGCUCGUUUUAUAACACGCUAUGUUAUCGUUACAAUAAUCUAUCCGUACUGUUGUCUUCACUUCUCAUUUAGUCUAACUCGUUAAAUGCGUUAAGUACGGUAUAUAUUCGCAAGCUAUCAAACACGCACGGUUUAAGGGUGGAAGCGAUGAUUUAUCAUCGGAUGGGGCUCGGGCCGUCAGAGAUUAAUGCGGCCGAUGUUUAAUCGAGAUCUUAAGCGCACGCAAGGCGCGUUAUGUCGGUUUUCGCUUACAUCAAAAUCCUUCGAGAUCUCAAAAUCGCGUAAUUGUAUAACGACGAUUUUAUAUAUACUAUGGCGAUGCAUCCAGCCCGCAUCUCACUACGCUAUUUAGCGCUAAAUGCGAUCCUUUUCUUAUUCCAUAUCUAUCGAUACGGUAUAUGCGACUUUACAUAAAUUACGUAUAUUUAUCGCUAAAUACGACCGUCUAUUUUCAUUCCUAUUCUUUAUAUUAAAUAUUAACUUUCACGCUUAGUGAUGUUUCAAAAGUAAAGUUAAACAUUAGAUAGUCGUGUUUAACGUUAAAUACCAUUGGAAUGUUUUUAUUUCACAUUUAUAUUAAACAAAAGAAUCUCACAUUAAAUGAAUAAAUCUCAGCGCAUUUGGCGCUAAAUCCGCAUUCAUCCGUCUGGAAAUAAAAGUUUCUCGAUAUACACGAGAAUUGUCCCAAAGCACGUUUUUAUCCUGAGACAACGCGCGAAAAUAUGUUAUUCUCCAAUCUCUUAUUGAAGGGGUUAUUUUUUUUUUAAAUGAGGCACAUCUAUAUAUCUCUAACAAAAUGUGAAUUGAUCGCGCAUGAAUAUUUUCUCACACUAUUAAUACGUCAACUAUGAUUCAUUAAAAGCGUUCUGUAUUUUUUCUUCAAAAUGGAUUUCCGGCACAACUCCCUUACAAUAGUUUAUUAGUUAUCUGAAAUAUUUCACUUGUUAUAUUAAUGCACAUAAAGGCUAUUUUCUUUAUUCGAUUCAAGGCAUAUGUUGUCUUAUUUUAUGAAUAACCCCUUCAACCAGUUGCUUGAAAAAGUUUUCGAUCGUUUAUUGUCUUCAUACAAUUCACUCAAUUUUAUCAGACGCAUUAUUAUAUCAGUGUGGUAUGUGAGCGCAUUGUCGACAUUCUAAAACGAUCGUAUAUAUACAUCGACACGAUGAAAUAUAGAUUGUUAGGAUAUUGUGCGCGACGAACAAACGCGAUUUCAUCAAAUUCUGCAUUUUUAAAAUUUCGUAUUCGUUUCAAACGAGUCACGUCAAAUAGAUCCGUUUCUGUUCGUUAUGUUUGGUCAUGCUAUCCUGCGUAGUGUUAUUUUUUUUUUUUCGAAUGCUAGUUCUACUCGAUGCAUUUAAUGCCGAUAUUGUGCAGUACUUCGUACUUCGGUAUCGAGACUUCGAUUCCACGCUCUUCUCGUCUCGUGAUCAAACGUUAAUUAAUGGAGGUGUUCAACAUUUCGAUAAUCCUUUGUCGAGAGCACCAAUUGUGAAAGUUGUUAUCGGAAACGAGAUGACUGAAAGAGAUCGCGCGAAAACGUAUGCUCCAAGAGCUAUGCCGCUUGCAAUUUUAAGCCUAAAUAAAACUGUUUUUGACGAAAUAUUGUUGUAAAAUAGUUGCCAUGUUAUGGCGAGAGAUUAACAUAAAAUUGCUCUCACGUGAUAAAAAUUAUAGAAAAUAAAAAUUAUACCUUUGUCUGCCA